GACCAGAUAGAGAACAGAGCAGCAGUCUGUGCUUCUCUCUCACCCCACGCUCCUCUCACCACACCUGGGAUCCACAUCCAGCCGUCCCCCUUCUGCUACCAGAUAAUCAGAGGAACCAUGGUGCUCUACCACAGGGAGUUUGACAAGGCAGGCAGGGUAGCCGGUCUCCAGAUAUGGAGGAUAGAGAAGAUUGAGCUGUGCCCUGUGCCUGAGAACCUGCACGGGAACUUCUAUGUUGGGGACGCGUACGUGGUCCUCCACACUGUCAAACAGCGGGAUAGCUGUUUCUACGACCUGCACUACUGGCUGGGGAAGGAGUGCAGCCAGGAUGAGAGCACGGCAGCGGCUAUCUUUACUGUUCAGCUGGAUGAUUUUCUAGGAGGGAAGCCUGUCCAGUACCGAGAACUGCAGGGGUUCGAGUCCACUGCCUUCACACGAUACUUCAAGGGAGGCAUCACAUACAAAGCCGGAGGCGUGGCCUCUGGGUUCCAUCACGUGGUCACCAACGACCUGUCAGCUCGGAGACUAUUCCACAUCAAAGGUCGCCGCGUCGUCAGGGCAACCGAGGUCACCCUCAACUGGUCCAGCUUCAACAGAGGGGACUGUUUCAUCGUGGACCUGGGAGCAGUUAUCUACCAGUGGUGCGGUUCAGAGUGCAACAAGUUUGAGCUCCUGAAGGCAGCGCAGGUGGCUGCCGGUAUCCGUGACAACGAGAGGAAUGGCCGAGCAAAGCUGGUUGUCGUGGAGGAAGGGAGCGAGCCGUCUGAGUUAACUGAGGUGCUUGGCAACAAGCCAGAUCUACCAGAAGGUGAUGACAAUGAUGAUAUGGUGGCAGAUAUCUCCAACAGGAAGAUGGCCAAACUCUACAUGGUAUCUGAUGCGUCCGGAGCGAUGCAGGUGACCCUGGUCUCAGAGGAGAACCCGUUCUCUCAGAGCCAUCUGCUGUCUGACGAGUGUUUCAUCCUGGACCACGGGAAGAGCAAGAUGAUCUUCGUCUGGAAAGGCCGUAACGCCAACCCAAGCGAGAGGAAGACUGCCAUGAAGACUGCUGAGGGCUUCAUCCAGCAGAUGGGCUACCCACCUAACACACAGAUCCAGGUACUCCCAGAGGGUGGGGAGACUCCUAUCUUCAAGCAGUUCUUCCAGGGGUGGAGGGAUAAGAACCAGAGCGAGGGGUUAGGGAAGGUCUUUGUGACUGAGAGGAUCGCUAAGAUACAUCAGGUGGAGUUCGACGCCUCCAAGCUCCAUGAGUCCCAGAGCAUGGCAGCCCAGUAUAACAUGGUGGACGACAGCACAGGGGACACUCAGAUCUUCAGAGUGGAGACCAGUGGUCGAGUCCCAGUCGACCCAAAGACGUAUGGCCAAUUCUAUGGAGGAGACUGUUACAUCAUCCUCUAUACAUAUAAGAGAGGACAGAUCAUCUACACUUGGCAGGGGGCUAGCAGCACUCUAGAUGAGCUCACAGCUUCAGCCUUCCUAACUGUGGAGCUGGAUCGCUCUCUGGGAGGGAACGCAGUUCAGGUGAGAGUGUCCCAAGGAAAAGAGCCUGCCCAUCUCCUGAGUCUGUUCAAAGCCAAGCCCCUCAUCGUGUACAAGAGUGGUACCUCACGCAUCGGAGGCCAGGCACCUGCGGCCCCCACACGCCUGUUCCAGGUCCGACGUAACCUGGGCACCAUCACACGCGUCGCAGAGGUGGAGGCGGAGGCUGGCAGCCUGAACUCUAAUGAUGCCUACCUGCUGAAGCUGCCCGCGGGGGGGAGCUACCUGUGGGUGGGUAAGGGCGCCAGCGAGGACGAGGAGCAGGGGGCCCAGUACCUGAGUCAGGUGCUGAUGUGUCAGACACAACGCAUCGUAGAGGGACAGGAACCAGCGGACCUCUGGGCAGCAUUAGGGGGGAAGAAGGAGUACCAGACAUCAGAGAGAUUGGAGAGUAAGAGCCUCACUCAACAACCUCGUCUGUUCGCCUGCUCCAACAAGACUGGCAGGUUCAUAAUUGAGGAGGUUCCAGGAGAGUUCAGUCAGGAGGACCUGGCAGAGGAUGACGUGAUGCUGUUGGACAUCUGGGAUCACGUGUUUGUCUGGAUUGGCAAAGAUGCCAAUGAAGUUGAGAGAACUGAAUCUGUAAAAUCCGCCAAGACAUACAUAGAGACGGAUCCGGGGGGUAGGGAUAAGAGGACCUCCAUAGUGAUGGUGAAGCAGGGUCAUGAGCCCCCCACCUUCACAGGGUGGUUCCUGGGGUGGGACGCAGCACGCUGGAACUCAGACACCGUGGCCAGGACCAUGAAGACACUGCAGAUUUAGCAUCAAUGAAUCCCAACAGUUAUAACACUGUUAUAACACAGUUUAGACAGUUAUAACGGUUAUAACAUUCACUCUGUAUUCAGCCAAGGGUUUACACAUACUACAUUUACAUUUACAUUUUAGUCAUUUAGCAGACGCUCAUAUCUUAUACAUAUAUUUUUUUUAUACUGGCCCCCCGUGGGAAUACUAGUGUGAAAGAAGUGUAAACUAGCCCUUAAUGGACUAGUGUUGUGCUAAGAAUGUGCAGUGUGAAAAGCCCUUUACUUUUAUUUGUAUUUUUUUGCUUUACAUUUAGGCCUGAUAUGUGUCAGGUGUCAAGAUGAUGUGCACUGCUUGGACAUCUUUGUUGUUUGGUUUUUUUCUCGUUACAAAGACAUAAGACCAAAAUGUUGCUAUUUGUUGUAUUUUUCUGAAUGGAGUUUGUCAUUUGUGUAUUGGUGAGUAUGGAAGUUUGAAUGCCUUUGUCAUUAAACAUGAUAGAAAAUGCGUAACUCCUGCUGAGAGUUCUGAAAAAGAGAA